AUGUAUAGACCUGUAUUACGAAGCGCCAGCAGGCAAUUGGCAAAUGCGAGAUCGAUAGCCAUCACUACUAGAGGUCUUGCUGCUCAUGCUACCCCGCAACCAUUUAAUUGGAAAGAUCCUUUAAACGCACAAAAUCUUUUUACAGAGGAAGAAAUAGCUAUUUCAGAAACUGCGGAGCAAUAUUGUCAGGAGCGGAUGAAACCUCUAGUUUUGCAGGCAUAUCGAGACGAACAUUAUGACCGAAAGAUACUCGAAGAAAUGGGAGAAAUGGGGCUAUUAGGAGCUACGAUUAAUGGUUACGACUGCGCUGGCGUAUCAAAUGUCGCUUCGGGACUUAUUACGAAGGCAGUUGAACGAGUAGACAGUGGAUAUCGAUCUGGAAUGUCAGUACAGUCUUCGCUGGUAAUGGGAGGUAUUGACGAAUUCGGUACACAAGAACAAAAGGAGAAAUACUUGCCAAAAUUGGCAAAGGGGAAAUUGUUGGGCUGUUUUGGUUUGACAGAGCCAAAUCAUGGUAGUGAUCCGGGGUCUAUGGAGACAACUGCGAAACCUCAUCCAACAAAGAAGGGCUAUUACUCAAUAUCAGGAGCUAAGACAUGGAUCACGAAUUCCCCAAUCGCAGAUGUAUUCUUGGUAUGGGCCAAGUUACAAGAGACUGGCAAGAUUAGAGGUUUCAUCAUCGAUCGAGCAGAUUGUCCACCGGGGACGUUGGAAACACCUGCUUUGAAAGAUAAAAAUGGACUUCGAGCUUCAUUAACUGGUAUGAUUCAACUCGAUGAAUGUCCAGUACCUGAAGCGAAUAUGUUCCAAACGGUCGAGGGUCUUCGAGGACCAUUUACCUGCUUGAAUAGUGCAAGAUACGGUAUUGCUUGGGGUAUGACAGGUGCGCUCGAAGAUUGUAUUGAUCGAGCUAGAACAUAUGCGCUGGAACGAAAACAAUUCAAAGGCAAUCCAUUAGCCAAAUAUCAACUCGUACAGAAGAAGCUAGCAGAUGCCGUCUCAGACGCGGCUUUUGGUACACUGGCUUGUGUUCAGGUUGGAAGACUCAAAGACAAGGGAGAAGCAGCACCGGAGAUGAUCAGUAUGAUUAAGAGACAGAAUUGCGAUGCUGCACUUCGAAAUGCGAGAACUUUACAGGAGAUCUUUGGUGGUAAUGCCGCGAGUGAUGAGUAUGGUAUUGGAAGACAUGUUUCGAAUUUGUUUGUCACUCAAACUUAUGAAGGACAAAGUGAUAUUCACUGUUUAAUUCUGGGAAGAGCAAUUACUGGUAUUCAAGCAUUUUGUUGA